UGAGCACAUCUUGUGAGUUUCAAACUUUCACUUAAACAGUUUGCAGGAUCAGCUUUUUAAAAACCACCUCCUUCCUCAUCCUGUCUGCUCUAAGUCUGAGCUAGUUUUUUUCUUCUUUGUGUAAAGUUGUCAUUGGGUCAGAUUUCCUGAAGUGGCUGCUUUUACUUGGUAAUCCGGUGCGCCGCAGAGCGCAGAGCGCGGAGCUCCAGGUCACCUCAAGAGGUGUGGUUCUGUUCCUCCAACAUCGAAGGAGUUCGGAGUGGCGCGUAAAACUGCGACCAGCUUCUCUGGGGAAAUUUCAAUCAUUCUAGGAAAGCCCUUCCCCCUUUCCGGGUUCUUUUUUUUUUCUCCACCGUCUUCGCCAUCAGACCGCCGGAGCUUCGGUCCUUCUGGCUCAGAAUGGAGCUGCUUUCGGAACCGUCCGAACUGGAUCCGGACCGUCGGCUCCACCUUUGAGGCUGCGCGUCACGGAGCAUGAAGGUCCCGUUUGAACGGCGACUUCCGAACCUCGCGGGCUAAUCAUCAUCACACGGCUUCGGUUAUCGGAGUGGGAGGGAUGAUCGCGGGAAAGAAAAAGUGACAUUUUUACCUCCUCAGACUUUCAAGGUGACUUGAUGAGUCGGACCGCGAGGCGUUUGGAAAGGACGCACGAGGGCAGUAAGAAUGAAAGCACGCCGGUCAUGGUUGCGCCUAAAAAGAAAGCCGUUCAUCCCCUCCCUCCUGUCGCUGCUGACCAUAAUCGCCCUGCUGUUGGUCAACAUCAAGCACAGCCACAUUUCUGAGCCUACGGACCCUCCAGAAGUCUUAAAGAGCCUCCCGUUCCACAAGUAUGGCAUUAACUGUUCAGCUAUUUAUGAUAUGGACCCAGUGGAGGUCGGUAAAGCUCUUAUCAUCAAAAAGAACAAAGACAGAGAAGAUACGGAUGAAAGUCUUGCAGAGUUCACAGAAAACUGCCCCUCGUUUAUCAAAAUUAGAGGCUAUGAUAAUGUGUGUUUUUCUGACCAAGAGAAGGACUUUCCUCUGGCUUACUCCUUAGUUGUGCAUAAAAAUGCGUGGAUGGUAGAGAGACUGCUCAGGGCCACGUACUCGCCCGUUAACAUCUACUGCAUACACUACGAUCAGAAGUCCUCGCCUCAGUUUUCUGCCGCCAUGGAGGGUCUGGCCCGCUGCCUGCCCAAUGUCUUCAUCACCAGCCAGCGAGAGUCUGUCUUUUAUGCGAGCAUCAGCCGACUGCAAGCGGAUCUCAACUGUCUGUAUGACCUGGUGGAGUCAAAGGUCAAGUGGAAAUACGUCAUCAACCUGUGCGGCCAGGAUUUCCCCCUCAGGUCCAACAUGGAGCUGGUGUCGGAGCUGAGGAAGCUCAACGGCUCGAACAUGUUAGAAACGAGCCGGCCGUCCAACAUCAAGAAGCAGAGAUUCAGCUUCCACCAUGAGCUGAAAGACGUCAACUUUGAAUACAAAAAGAUGCCAAUAAAAACAGAUCAGGCGAAGACGCCGCCACCUCAUGGCAUAGAGAUGUUCAUCGGGAAUGCCUACUUUGUGCUUUCACGAGAGUUCAUACUACACAUGGCCUCCUCAGUCAUUGCCAUGGAUUUUUUUGAGUGGUCCAAGGACACCUAUUCCCCAGACGAACACUUCUGGGCCACGCUUGUGCGGGUGCCGGGUUUUCCUGGAGAGGUGGCACGGGAAAAGCCAGAUAUCACAGAUCUGAUGAGUAAGACCAGACUGGUGAAGUGGUCCUACCUGGAGGAGAAUCUGUACCCACGGUGUACCGGGGAACAUGUGCGUAGCGUUUGUAUUUACGGCUGCGGCGAAUUGCGCUGGUUACUCAACUAUGGUAGCUGGUUUGCCAACAAGUUUGAACCAAAAGUGGACCCCGUCCUCAUUCAGUGCCUUGAAGAGAGGCUAGAAGAAAAGCAGAGAUCUCUCUUCUCAAGGACUACCUUAACUUGUCAUAAGGGUUCAACUUGAAGGAACUGAUCAAUCAACUGUAAGCCAGCUGCUUUUUCUAUCUGUUCUUGGCACAUUUUUUUAAACAACUUUUAAAUUCUUGUCUUUGGUUGGAUAAAUGUUCAUGUUUUUUGGUGUUUUUGAGGGUCUGUUUUGCAGUUUGUUUCUUUGGCUAGUCCACUUUGUUUGGGCCGAUCAAAUCGGGUUUGCCUGAAGAUGGGGGGGGGGUCUCGAUUUGUUUUUAACUGACUCUUGGGGUGGUCUGCUACAGUGGAAAUGCAGAUGAAUCUAAAUGAUGAAGCUAAAAAAGAGGAAACUUAAACCAAAGAGAGCGAUGUAAGUGCUGUGCAUUUGAGUAAAAAACUAAGACCUUUGCUGAAAAUUUGUUGAAGGGUAAUUAUCGUAUUUUUUGGAGUAUAAGUCACUCCGUAGAAUAAGUCGCAGACACCAAGAAAUGCACAAUAAAUAAGAAAAAAAUUGGAGUAUAAUGCCACCGUCACACCAAUGACUGUAUAAGUAGGAACUGGACUGAUCAACCCCUCCAUUCUCGUGUUCCGAAUAGGAAGUACCAGUGGGUUGCAAGAAGGCAAAAGUCUCAUAGACUUCCGUUGAGAAAUAGUUAUUUCUCAGUCAUUUUAUUUGUCAGAAUAACUCGAAGAUAUUUUUUAUUUAUUUCAAAUAAGUGAAGUUGUAAACUGACAAAUCAGAUGCCUCAGUAAAAGCGUGUGGCGCUCACUGGCCCCGCCUCGAACGUUUGAUUGACAACUUCUCCCGUGCUCACUUCCAGUGGGAGGGGUGUGGCCUUCAAACAAGCCAGAACAACCUCACUCAUGAUUGGCGACACUAGAUCCUCUAAAAUCGUGACUCAGACCGACUCGGACUAACCGCUGCCGAAGGGUUGCAACCGUUUGCAAUAUGGCGGUAGACGUAUCAGGACAUAUAUUGGGGACCUCAGCACUUGUUAUGUCCAGCCCUCUACUUAUAUACAGUACUUAUAUAGUCAAUGGUUCACACCAGACUCAGAAACGUGCGCUCUGGAUAUAAAGUUUAAUGUAUCCAUGCACAAAUGCGCGUUUCAGGCUCCUGCGUUCAAAAUUCUCACGUUCACGCAACUCAAGUUUUGAAGUUUGUUUGCAGGCUCUACAAACAAAGCGCACACUGAAAGUUCAAAUUUUUAAACUUUGACCAAUCAGGGACUCAGCUUUGGAGCCUGUUAGCGCAACAUAUGAACAACUAUUCCGAUAAGCAUAGCCAACCACGAAGAACAUGCUAACAAGUCAACUAAACUCCAGAUCACUAAAUCCAUUGAAUUCUUCUUCGUUUGUGUUCCUUUUUGAAGGGAGGCUCGCAUUUCUUCUUCUGUGUUGCUUUCAGUAGCAAAUACUGAUACACACACCUACAGUGCCCUCUAAUGGUAGUAAACAGUAAAAUAACAAACACAUGAUCCUCUGUUUAAACUAACACCCCCAAUCAAACUAUGUGAAAAACCCAGACUUGUACUCUGAAAAAUACGGUAGAUGAAAAGUUUAAAAAUGUCAUAUGAAGACAAAGACGUGAAGCUGUGAUGAUUGUCAGGGAACUACAGACUAGCACUAUGUACUAGCUGGGCUUUCUUUUUUUUUUCUAACUGUGGAUGGUGUAUUGUCAUAAGUGCAAUGUGAAAGAAAUAAAGAUGUGAAAUUUAUUAGA